GCUGUAAAGCCAGGCAAAAGGCAAAUGAGCGGCCGUGGCAGCUGGGAAUGAACCGGUGCUUAAAAAUGUUCCAAAACGGUGAACCGUCGCUCAUCUCCUGCUAGACUGAUAGCUUCAUGAUUCAACAUGGCAUUUUCGCAAAUUUGAAUCUAUCAUCCAUAGUGGAUCAGUAGAUGAUGCCAUUCGAUCAUACAGAUCACUCUUUGUCUGGCUAUUCCGAUGAUUUUUUUUUUUCUUUUCUUGGGAUUGAAAUCCCGGCAAUUGUGAAAAAGAAGCAAUUUUUUUCCUGAACAUCUGUUUGUUUCCCUUUCCUUCUUUUGACACUUCCCUUCUCAUUCAAUGCCUGCCGAGCACACCAUUGACCAGCAACAGCCUAAUCCACCUCCAUUCCCACAUGGACAACCCCUUCCACCGCCCAACACUAUGUUUGCUUAUCCGCCACCACCGAAUUAUGGACCUUACCCUCCUCCACCACCUCAUUCAGACGGACCGCAGUACUACGGCAAGCCAUUCUACAUCCUCCCACCACCAAGUGGACUUCCACCACCACAAGUGUAUCAUCCUAUGCAAAUGUAUCCUACGCCUCCUCCACACACGGAACAACCACCGCCUCCGCCGCCAGCCAUGGAAAAUGGUAAACAACCCACUAAACGGAAGCGUCAGAACCAGGCUCCUCACUAUGAGGUACUUGAUAUCAAACCAAAAGGGAAUUCCAAACGUCAAAAGAAUAGUAAGCCCAUGGUUGAAGACGACCAUUGCGACUGUGAUCAAGUAGGAGGGAGAAUGGAAUGCGACGCCUGCGGAGCUUCAUUUGCACACCCAAAGUGUUUAGCCAAACACCGUUGGGACAGACAUAUGGAUCGCUGGAGUAUGGUGGAAGGCAUGCUGGACAUGAAUAAGCAGCAACAAGUACAGGUCAUGGAAGCUGCUCAGAUCUUGAUGGACAUUGCCAGCUAUGGUAUGCGAGUGAUGUGAACCAAAUGCAAGCCUUCCGUCUUUGUCCCUAUUUCUACCCAACGCUCACUUCCCAUUCCCCCUCUUUUCAUAUAUUUUUUUUUGCAUUUCCAAUUUUUUUGCUAGCUAGCUACCAUCAACUAAAUCAAACUGGAGUAAUAUAGUCCAUCAGAUGUAAAUAUAAAAAAAUCCCUCCCCCCCUUUUUUCUAAACGCAGCAGAAUAUAUAGUUUGGUCCUCUUUACAGUAAUGCACGUACGUUGCACG